UUGCAGGUUCAGUUGUGAUGAAGAAGGUGAAGUUUGUUGCCAAGCUGGAACAUGAGUACAUCCAGAAUUUCAAGCUCUUACAGGGAGCUUUCAAGAAAAAGGGAGUGGACAAGAUUAUUCCAGUGGACAAACUUGUGAAGGGGAGAUUCCAAGACAACUUCGAGUUUGUGCAGUGGUUCAAGAAGUUCUUUGAUGCCAACUAUGGCGGGCAGGAGUACGACCCCAUGUACGCUAGAGAAGGCGUGGAGAUGGUAGGGAAGGACGACCCCGGCGCCAGGGUGGGCAGCAAGCCCGCCAGGAAACCCGCGGGCGGAGCAGGUGGGCAGUCUCGCUUGGCUGCAGCAGGAAGAAGACCAUACGUUCAUGCAGCAUCUCGCACCAAGCCAGCACCGCGGCCAGCCAUGCAUAAAUCACCCGCACAGCACAGUAGAAUGGCUGGAGGGGACAAUGCACAGGUUGCAGAAUUGAAUCAACAGCUGAUGGAGAUCAGGAUGACAGUGGAAGGGUUGGAGAAGGAGAGGGAUUUCUACUUCGGCAAGCUGCGAGACAUCGAGCUCCUCUGUCAGGAGCAUGAGGGAGAGAACCACCCAGCCCUUCUCAAAAUCAUGGAUGUGCUGUAUGCAACAGAGGAUGGCUUUGCAGCACCUGAGGAUGAUGGGAUUGAUGACCUUGGGGAUGGUCAAGAUGAAGAAUAUUGAAAACUGCCAACACUUCAAGCAGGACUUACAACUUAAACAAUGCGGCACCUUGCUUCUCAUGUGCUUUAACUGCAAUGCUUUAUUUGCUGAACUCUCUGAAGGACUUUAAGCACUCUUUAAGCCAUCAGAUGCUCCCUAUGUAGUUGAAAACAUUGGUUCACCUUUGUUUUCCAUGUCUGUCUCUUCCACUUUCAUUAUUUGCUCUCUAUGCAAAAAUAUCAGUUCCUUAUUAAGGUUUUAUUGUCA